CUGAAAAACAAGACACCAGUGUGAUCUUGCAGAAGAGAAGACUGAAGCAGCGCUGUGUGUAGAAUUUUUUAAAACUUUUUUUAAAAUCAGAAUUUCAUCCGUUUUUAUUCCUAGAUUGAAUUUUGGCUUAUGAAAAUGGGGAUGGUUGUAAUAUUUGUCCUCUCCAGCUUGGUGGUGGGUUUUGCUUGGGGUGACCUGACUUUAGAACCAGACAGACCCUCACUGAGUGUGGCAGUCUCUGAAAACGCUUCACUGGAAUGCUGCUAUAAAUCACCGUCGGGGAUAACGAAUGUCACCUGGAUCCGCCAUCAUAACAAAACUCAGGAGGUGGUGUUAAAUCAAACAGUUAAAUCAGAGACCAAAGAGUCAAACUCUGUAAAAAUAUAUUGUUCCGUGCUACACUUCACUAAAGUACAGCUGGAGAACAUUGGAUUUUACCAGUGUGUGCUGAAUGAUAAAAUCUAUUCACAUGGAACCUACCUGCGUGUCUACAAGCCAAUGGAGAAGACCAUAAACCUGAGCGAAACCACCAAAAACAAGAUCCUGAUAGCUGAGGGAUUCUUACUGUUACUGUGUGUGAUGCUGCCUUCUGCCAUUCUUCUGUUCAAGUCAAAGAAGCUUAAUGAACUGGAGAAAAAGAAAGCAAAGAAAGAAGAGGAAAAUAUAUAUCAGGGGCUAAAUCUGGAUGACUGUUGUGCAACAUACGAUCAGAUUGAACGCUCCCAAGCACAGGGCCCGUACCAGGAUGUGGGCAACAUUAAGGAAGAAGAGGAAGAAAUCCAGCUGGAGAAACCAUAAAACAAAGUGAAGAACAGACGGUUACGAGUGUUACAUGUAAAUAGCAGGCUUCUUACAGCACGCUCUGAUUUCAGAGUUUUGUACUCUGAAGGUUUUUAUUUUUUAAGAUUUAAACUGUAUUUGUCAAAACAAUCUUAACACAAUAUCCACUGGUCUGCAACCAGGAUUUUAGAAAUACGUGCUUAUCAACAUAUCAACUAUAAACUUUUUUUCACUUGUUUCAUGAUGUUUUUAAAUAUACACAUUUACAUUUUUAAAUAUAUGUGGGUGUUUUGCUUUAGCUUUUUUAUUCUAAUUUUGCACACAGGCUCCAGAAAAACAUGACGGGUCAGACUGGUUAGGCUACUUAUGCACCCCAGGUUGCGUUGUCGGCUUUUUAAAUAUUCAUUGACGUGCAUCUGCAACAGUUAUGUGCUUUUUGCUAUUUCUGUGAGUGCUGGAAUAAUAAAAUGAUGUUA